CCUCCCUGCCGCGCGUGCGCACACGCCGCGCCCGGAACCUCUCCGCCCUCUUGGCUCCGCCGUGAGGAGCUGGGCGCGGUGCCGGCCCUCAGCCAGUCUCCCGGAAGGCCCGAGAGACCAGAUUGUCCCACUGAUGUCCUCAUCAAGAUUUGUCAAGGACUGGCAGACACACAAUUGUUCGGUGGACACUAUCUCAAAAUCACAAUCCACUGGCCUAUUUUUUCCUAGAAGCUUACCCUGCGGGACGGUGAAACAGAUACGGUGUUCUAGGGAUGCAUGAGCUCAUAAAUAAGGUAGAGGGACUCGAGGCUUCAUUUGCUUCCCGGUUUGGACAAGAACACUUUGUCAUAACUGAGAAAGAAGCUGGAUCAAAUUUCUGAACGUCCUUCAUGUGAUUUUAUGCUUGCGGCUUCAACAGGAUUCACAGUUCCAUGACUUCCAAAACAUUUAGACAGAAAUAAGUAGAUGUCUACACUUUUCUGAAAUUCCAUAUUAGUCAGCUGUCUUUGGGCAGUAUCAGGAUUAGGGUAUUAUUCCAACAUACAGUAAAAUUUCAAGACUUCUAGCAUAGAUGAAAAAUCAGAGUUCUUUUUUACAAACUGUUUGUUUGUUUAAGAUGGACACACUGUUGUUAAUUUGGAGAAAAGACUAGUAACUUCCUAGGCAGUGUGUUAUUGCUUACAUGAAUAACAGCUGCUAUUGAAACAAUUACUCAGAUAUAGUGUCGGUUUUUUUAGUGUGUAUUGAAAAAGUAUUAGAAAUUCUGCAAUAACUUUACCUGCUUUGAUAAAAUAGUCAUAUAAGCAAUGUCAUUUUUAUGUUAAAGUAGCAAGCUUUUCAAUUUGAAAGUAAUUUUUAAAACCGGAUUUAACCCUUUUAAUUACUUAUUUAUUUGAGAAUUCCCCCUCUUCUCCUCCCCCCCACAAUAACAUGAAAUCAACUGGUAAUCAUGCAGUAAGAAAUUUCUAAUAUGGGUAUUUAUUUCUGCCAAUAUAAAAUGAAAGUGUAAAUAACCAGUUCAUGUUAAAUUGUUUUAAGUAGUAGAUGAUGAUGAUAUUUUUAUCUUCACAGAAAUAAAGGAGGUUUAGCUUCCUGGGAAUUUGUUCAGGACUGUUCAGUUUUUCUUUGUUUGCACAGAAAAUUUACAUAUGUUUCAUAGUGACAUGUAUCAAAAUGAAAAAUGUAGCUUAAUUAUCACUGUAGUUCUAUAUACAGCUGUAUAUAACUUGUUCCAAUUUCUCUAUAUUAUCAAUCUGUGAUUAUUCAAAAAUAUAAAAUGGUGGUAUUUAUAGCUUUAGCCAGUUAAUUUAUUAAAACACAAUAUUUAUCUGUAUGAAUUAAUUAUUUGAAAAUUUAACAUGACUACCAGGAAAAUAAGUUAAUGAAGUUUUCUGGCAUUUUAUGUUAAAAUUUGAAAUUUUGUAUUGCACAAAAUUAUAUUUUCUCAAAAAAAAAAUCAAAAAGCAUGUCUGGAAGAUCCCAAAUCCAUAUUUUUUUGGGAGCACCCAUCAUUCCAACCCCGCUGAAGGUGUCAGAGGAACAGAGUGUUUUGGUAGCCACUACUGAAACGUGGAAAGAACUCCACCUUUCAUCUGACAAACAUGCCUUCCAUCUUUUUGCUGGAAAAUGCAAAAGCAUGGAUCAUGUGGAACAUCAGGCACCAGACCCUAGAGACCCAACUGUUCACACAAAAGAUCAAUUCUCUGUGAACUCUGAAAUGGGGAGGUUUGGAGUGGCAGAAGAUUAUUUAACAUCAUGUGUACCUGUAGUUGGAGAGAUGGAAACUCAUGGCAGUACAUGGAAGAGGAUUAGUGAUGUAGCUUCCUAUGGUUAUCAAAUAUCUGGAGAUAGAGACACAUGCAAAAAUAUGAGUCAAGUUGAGUAUCAACAGCUUCCUCAUAUAUUUACAAAAACAGAUGGACAAUGUACAAAAUCCUCAAAUGACUGUUUUCCAAACCUCUCUGAAAAAGGUGUCAGCCAUCUGGAAGAUAAGUGCUGUGAUAUUUCUGAUUUGGUUUCCAGUACUAAACAGAUUAGCAUAGAUUUAAGGUCUAUGGGAAAAGAAGAUGUUCCAUCAGACAAUCAUAGUGUCCAUCAUGAACAUCUUAGUCAGUACCUGGAAAUGUGUUUUCCCAAAAUAGCAGAGGAGUCAAAUACAAAAAAAACACUGCAUGAUUGUUCAGACUUUGCGAUAUCAACAGACACUGAAUUUCUUAGUAUAAUGACAUCAAGUCAAGUUGCCAUUCUUGCACAAAAGCACUUUAAAGAACAGAAUAAAAUGCAGAAAGGAGCCAUGAAACUAAAGGGAAUAGAAAAUAGAGAAAAUAAUAAAGUAGUUUUAAAUGAAUCUUUCCAGACUAAUUUUGUUGUCGGAGAAUGCACUAAUGUGGCAGAGACUGACCAGCAGCAAGAGUCUGCAAACUCCCUUGAACUUUUCAGUUCGGAGAGUGCUGAGGACAUUAUCUGUCUGGAGUCUACACGAAGGGAAACAAGUUCUCUGGAAAAUGCAGAGGACUCUCAAAAACUUGUCAGUGUUGCUGAUGAACACCUGCUGAAUGAGAUCCAUACUGACCCAUUGAACACGGGACUAUUGUGCUCCCAACUAGAUAAUUAUUAUAAAGGCUCUUCUAAAAGAGCCCGAACAUCUGAAGAUGCCCUAAGUAUUUCUUACGCUACACUUAAAACUCAGCAGACAUCAAAGAGAUCUAAAUUGAUUUGUUCUCCAGCCAGUCCUGAAACAAAAGUGGCUCAAGAGAUGUUUUGGAAACUUCAGAAGAAUCUAUUGCUACUUAAAAACUGCUGCUGCAAGAGCCAGAAGUACAGUGUUUUGGUCACAGUGGUACAUCCUUGUCAUGUCAAAGAAAUACAAAUAAAGUCAAGACCAAAAUCUUCCUCUAAAGUUCCCAUAGCAACUAUUGUAGUUAUUGACCAGUCAGAAAUAGAGAGGAAGGUUGUGCUGUGGCGGGCUGCUGCAUUUUGGUCACUCACAGUGUUUCCUGGAGAUAUUGUACUACUUACAGAUGUCACUGUGUAUGAGAACCGUUGGUAUGGAGAAAUGAUGCUGCAGUCAACAUUUACCAGUCAGUUAUUUAAUCUGGGGAGCUGCUCAGCUAUCGAUCCCAAAGAAUUUUCCCAUGUUGUAGAUGUUGAUGUUCUCCAAGAUUUAUUGGCAUAUGUGUCUUCAAACUUUGCCUACUUCAGAGAUCUCCCACACAGACAACCACAGAAGUUGGAUCGCAUACAGCAUGUCCAACUAGACCGACUUCAGCCAGAUACAUUGGUGCAUUCAGUACUAAAACUUGUCAGCAUCACUAUAUUAACAGAGUCUGUAUACAGUUACAAAGGAGAAAAGCAAAGAAAAAUUAUUCUAACUGUGGAACAGAUCAGAGAUCGGCACUUUCUGAUGGUAUUAUGGGGAGCAGGGGCAGCCUGGUGUCCUCAACUUCAAAGGAAAAAGGAUCACAUAUGGGAAUUUAAAUAUUUACUUGCCCGACGUAGUUUUAUUUCAGGUGAUAUUGAACUGCACACAACUCCAUGGUCAUCCUGUGAGUGUCUGUUUGAUGAUGAUAAAAGGGCAGUUGAAUUUAAAGAGAAGUUUCAAAAAAGUGAAAAGUAUCUCAUGAAAAUGACAAAUCUGUCAACACACUUGGAGGAAAAAUGUUCAGGAGUGAUUCAGUUGAAAGCCCAUGUCUUAGACUUGAAGUUUACCAUUGCUACUCCCCAGUACAGGCAACUCAUCUUAGAUGCUGACACUUCAUUAGAAUGUAUUUUGGCUUCUCUUCCUAUGAUCAUCUAUUCAGGUUGUGCAAAAUGUGGGUUGGAACUACACACUGAUGAGAACAAGAUCUACAAGCAGUGCCUUAGUUGCUUACCAUUUAACAAAGUGAGAAAGUUCUACAGACCAGCCCAGAUGACUGCAGAAGACAAAGGCUGUGAGAUUUGUAUUCAAGUAGUGUCAGAGUUGAUGGAGAAAAUCUUCCUUAAUAUUCCUGCAGACUGGCUGAACAAAUUCAUAGUGCCUCCCUUAGAUACUACCUAUGGCAUGAUAGUGGCAGACCUGUGCCACUCGCUGCUAGCAGACACUGAAGCAUCCUAUCUGUUGGACAUUAGAAGCCAUUUUGUGCUGGAUGAAAACAGCUAUCCUUUGCAACAGGAUUUCUUUCUGCUGGAUUUCCAUCCUGAUCUCUGAAGCCCUGUCCUCACAGUGACUGAUUAACAGAGACCUUAUGAUCAAGCAGAUUGCAAAAAAAAAAAAAAAAAAAAAAAAAGAAGAAAAAUUAAUUAUUUCAUAGAAGGAAGCUGUAAAAAAACACAGUGAAAAAGGUUUUUAUCUUUACUUUGUACCAAAAGCUAAAAGGCUAAAAAUGAAAAUCCACUAAUUGUAUAUAUUGCUUCUGUAGUAUUUUAUGAAUUGUCAUAUAGUGAUUUUAUAUCUAUAUUUUAAAGAUUUUUGCAUAUGCCUUUAUUUUAAAAAUGAUUUCACCAAUGUUUUCUCCUCAUCUUCCUCUUUUCUUAGCCCCUUCAGAAAAGUCUUCUGGUGUUGAUAGACAGUGAAGUCUUAUAAACAUUGGCAGAGGAGAGAGAAGCCCUUAUUCUGUAGUAUGGUCUUAGUUGUAAGAUACUCUGUUUUCGUUAUUUCUUAUGCCUUUUCUUUGGUUCCCCUCCUCUCUCCUGCGGAUAGCAGAGUCUUCAUUUUCUCCCAGCAAUAUAGUCCCACCAGAAUACUUUCUCACUCAAGAAUCCCAAUUUCUGAGCCCACCAUGCAAAUUGUGUAGCUAGGGACUGAUCUUCACACACAAGUCACACUGGUUUAACUAAAACUGAUAUUAAAAACUUGUUGAGUUAAACUGCUGCAAACUCCUUUGUGGACCCUCUUAAAUUGAUUUAACCCUGGUAUAUAUUGAUUUAUCUUAAGUUGGCAAGAAAUUGAUUGAAGCCAAAUCAAUAUAAGCCAGAUUUCUAUCUCAUUAACAGUAUCCAUGCAGGGUUUUGCACCAAUUUAAAUAGAUUUAAAAACACAUCUUCAGUUAAAUUUUGGCUCACCUUUGCUUUCAGACUGGGACUAAAGCGAAUAUAUAGAAAUCAUGAGUUGACUCCCAUCUGGUCCACAGUUUCACUGCUAAAGAGGCUGAUAGAUCCAGUCUGUGUGUGGAUAGUUCUGUGAGUGGCCUUAACAAUUUUCCCAUGUUUAGUAUUUAAGAGAAACCUUGUCUGAGCACAGGAUUGGUAACGAGCAACUCCUGAGUAGUAAUUCAUUUGCUACUUCUGGUUUCUUGAACCAGUCAUUUAACCCUGUACCUUGUUUGUACCUUCUGCUCUAAAAUGGGAUGACCUCUCAGGAACGUCUUGAGGAUCAGUUAAUGUUGGUAAACCACUGAGAGCGGAAAAAGUGCUGCCCAAUCUUAUCCAAGUAUAGACCUUUUCCAUCUUUGUUUUGCUGUAGUCAUCUCCGCUCUAUAUCAAGCCCAUUUUAGUUGGUUCUUAUCUCAUUGUGUUGUUGUGUUCAUAUUGAGUUUGAAAAGUUUACAGUGCAAAUAAACUAUGAAGCAUCUUAUGAUACAAAAGUAGGCUGAAAUUCUAAUCAUUCCUUACCUCAUCUGGUGCUUGCAGACCUGUCCAUCAUAGUUUUAAUUGUUAAUUCAACAUCUAUUACCACAAAUCAAAUAAAUUCCUUUACGCACAACUAUAUAUGCAUUUGGAAAUUUCAUCUUACUUCCUGGACAUGCAUGAGGGUGGCUCUGCAGAGCAAAAGCAUUUGUGUAUCUUUUGGAUAAUAACAUGGUUUUAACAAAAUAGGGAAUAAAGAUUGUUAUGCUAAAACUGUAAUAUUUAAUAAAUGAAAAUCAAGAGAGUUCUGCUAAACUUGAACGGAUACAUAAAGCAACAACCUGCUUAUUAAGCCAUGUGUCUUGGCAGAGCACAUCACAUUGGUGCUCUGCAAGCUGCCUAUACAGCUGCCUGUAAUAACCUGGAUUUGCUGACCUUCAGGGCAUACUACAAAGUAUAACCAUUAGCGUUUCUGUGGAGGGAGCAGUGUAAAGGGAGCUGACGAUGGGUUGUGGGAGGAGAAGUUCUGUUGUGACUGAAUUUUUUUAGGAGCAGUUGAAGGGGUUAGUUGCUUGUUUCAGCUGUUGUUGUUUUUAUUUUAUUUUAUUUAUUAAGACCAAGGUGUGAAAAGUGCUAGAUAGAUGCCUUUUUCAGUACUUUUUAUACAUUAAAAUAAUAAAAUAUGCUUUCCUCUU